AUGUCAGAUGAAGAUUAUUCUAAAUUUAUUUCUGAUAAACUUUUCACUAAGGUUAAACCUGUAAUUUUCACAGAUUUGAUCAAUCAAUUUAAAUGUGGUCCAAGUAAAGCAAAGAGUCAGAUGUAUUCUUACUACAAGAACACUAGUAAUGUUAAAUUCCAAUGUGUUCUCGUUGCGUGUUAUUCAAACGAUAAAAUUAAGAUCAUUAAUGAUAUUAAUAAUAUAGAGAAUCCAGAUAAGCUAACCGACUGUUUCAUAUAUGCAUUUAAUCCCAUGGAUGUAUUUAAUCCUAUCAACGAAACUGUAGUUAGAAUGGAUGAUCUAUUAAUCAAGAAUCCAAAUAAAAUAAGUAUAGAAUCAAGUAAUGAAAUUAAGGCGACAGAAUUGACAAGACCUAGGACUUUAGAUAACGAUACAAAGCCAAAGAAACUUACAACUGAGGUCAAAAGAUCAAAGACUGAACCUCAAACAAGUAAAAAGAAUAAUCAAACAAUGAAAGAGGAAUCCACAAAGGAGCAGAAACCAGAAGGUAAACUAAGACCUACCGAAUUAUUGGCCAAGAUGAGACUGGAGAGACAACAGAAGGAGAAAGACAGACAAGAAGAACUGAAGAAAAGAAAAGAUGAACAUGUACAACAAAAGAUUAAGAAUGAUCCAAAGACUGCUGCCCAGAUGAAAGAAUUAAAUGAUAUUUUUGCAAAUGAUGAUAUGUCAGAUUAUGUCGAAGAAGACCACUCAAAAAGAACAGAGAUUAAAAUUGAUGACAAAACGAUAACACAAUCAUCACCACAAAAGAAACAAGCUUCUACGAUAAAUCCUUCUGACCUCGAAGAAAUAUUGGAUACCACAGGGGAGGAAUCUUUAUUAAUGCUUUCCCAGAAUGCUGAAAACAAACAAUCAGUACCGUCAAAGGACAAACCAAACCAGGAGGUAAAGAAAGAUGCAGAAGAAGAAGAAGAAGAGGUAACGACAUACUUGGAUGAAGAUGGUUACAUGGUCACUAAAAAAUCCGCAAACAAACCUGAACCUGCAACGAAGACAGAAUCUAGAAAAAGAUCACCUAUUGCACCCUCCUUGAAGUCAUCAGUUAAGAAGGUAAAGGCAGCCCCAACGAAGAAAAAACAAGGGUCCCUUGAUUUCUUCUUCAAAAAGAAUAAAUAA